UUCUGCAUUUAACUUGGAUGACAUUUUUAUUUGGUCAUUAGCAUCAGACGCCACGCCGGCUCGCGGGGGUUCGGUGUUCGAGUCCGGGGAUGCUACAUCUGGCACACUUCUCGCCUUUCGAGCGCUUUCUCUUUCUGUAGCCCGGCAGCAUCUGCGGCGUGCAGCCACAAGACGGGAGGAAGAAGUCAGGAUCACCCCCCAAAAAGAAGAGAGAGAGAGAGAGAGAGAAAAAGGAGAAGUCGACAAAGUCCCGCUCGGCACCUGCGCGCGUCUCACCUGCGCCGCCAUGCCGGAGACCAGACAGGAGACUCCGGCCAAGGACUCGCCUUUCUUCAUCAAGAACCUCCUCAGCUGCGACCACAAGCCCGCCAAGCCCAAGCCGGUGUUGGCCGCCUCCAAGGCUCUGGAGGCGGCCGGAGGAUUCUCCCUGGCCCAGGUGGCCGACUUCGGCUUCCCUCGCUUCGAACUGCCGGCGCAGAGGUUCACUCUGCCGGCUCACUACCUGGAGCGCACCUCGGCCUGGUGGUACCCUUACGCCCUCAACUCUUCUGCACACAUCCACAGAAGUCAAGACAAGCUGUCUGCCAGAGACUCGUCCCCCACAUCCGGCACAGACCGAGACUCCCCAGAACUGCUCCUGAAGUCCGAGGCGGAGGCCAAGGACGAGGACGAGGACGAGGAGCAGGCGGGAGGCAAAAGCGGCGACGAGAUCAUCCUGGAGGAGAGCGACUCCGAGGAGGCCAAGAAGGAGGCGGACGAGGACAAGAAGCCGUGCCGCAAGAAGAAGACCCGCACGGUCUUCUCCCGCAGUCAGGUCUUCCAGCUGGAGUCCACCUUCGACAUGAAGCGCUACCUCAGCAGCUCGGAGCGCGCGGGCCUGGCCGCCUCUUUGCACCUGACCGAGACCCAGGUCAAGAUCUGGUUCCAGAACCGCAGGAACAAGUGGAAGCGGCAGCUGGCGGCGGAGCUGGAGGCCGCCAACCUCAGCCACGCCACGGCGCAGAGGAUAGUCCGCGUGCCCAUCCUCUACCACGAGAACUCGGCCUCGGAGGGCGGCGGCCCGGCCUCCUCCUCCUCCUCCUCCUCCAUCUCCUCCUCAGUUCCCGCCAGCCAGCCGCUGCUCACCUUCCCGCACCCAGGUGUCUACUACUCGCACCCCAUCGUCACCUCCGUGCCCCUGCUCAGACCCGUCUGAGGACCCCCACCCAGACCACUAAAACUCUAUUUUUAUACUCCAUAUCUUUCCCCAUCACAUAUUAUUAUUAUUAUGAUAUAGUUUCAUCUCAGGAGUCUACCUGCUCACACUGCCUAAAGAGUGUCUUUUAUUUAUUUUAUUUUUUUAAAUAUUUUAUUGUCAUCUUGUUUACAGCCCAUGGUGCAUCAUCAAUACCAUAGGGCAGGGGUGCCAAACGUGAUCAGGCCCGCCAAAAACUUGUAAUCCAGCCCACCGGAUGAGUUUACUAAGUAUAACAAUUAAUAAUAAUACUAAAUUUUAUUAGUAAAAACCAAAAAAAAGCACUUUACAUUGACUGGGAUGAAGUGGUGACUUGUCCAGGGUGUACCCUGCCUUCCGCCCGAUUGUAGCUGAGAUAGGCACCAGCGCCCCCCCGUGACCACAAAAGGGAAUAAGCGCUAAAAAAUGGAUGGAUGGCACUUUACACCAAGCAAACAACAUCAAAGUGCUUCAGUGUAUCCAUCCAUGCAUUUUCUACCGCUUGUCCCUUUUGGGGUCUUGGGGGGGGGGUCGCUGGAGCCUACCUCAGCUAAAUAUGGGCGAAAGGCGAUGUACACCCUGGACAAGCCAACACAGAUAGACACUAGGGAGCCUUUAGUGUUGCCAAUCAACCUGUGCUACAGUGUAUUACAAAAAAAAUAUGUAUAAUAAUAAAAAUAAAAACUAGAACCAUCACGCAUAUAUCAUUA